AUGAAGCAAGAUUCUUUGGUAAAAGGGAGUGGUAGCAUUAAUUUCGCUAUGUCUAACAGUGGAUUGUUGCGAUAUAAGGAUAGGAUCUGUGUGCCUAACAAUGAUGAGAUUAAGCAAGUGAAAGUAGAACGCCAAAGGCCUGCAGAGCAACUUCAACCACUUUACGUUCCAGAAUUGAAGUGGGAAGACACAACAAUGGACUUUGUGAUUAGUACACAGAAUUGUAUGUUACCGAGAGAGUUAAACUUCACGGGGUUCCAAAGUGGAUUAUCUUUGACAGAGGAUUUUUCAGAGUCUUGGAGCCAAUACCAACCGCUUACUGAGUUCUCAUAUAACAGUUGUUAUCAGUCCACUAUUGGCAUGGCUCCCUAUGAUAUGCUUUAUGGCCGCAUGUGUAGAUCUCCCUUGCACUGGGAUGAGGUUGGAGAAAAAUAUUAUAAUUUAAUGAAUGAGGAUCAAGAUCCUGAUACUCUUGAAUACUUCCUCUCAACCCUGAAAAUGAGCGAACAUUCAUAG